AUGUCAGGCCCGGAGGUGUUUUAUGGCCCCAAGCCACUAACACCGCUCAAUGACGAGAUGAGACACGGGUUUGAUGAGGAGUAUAACCUGGAACAGGUGCUCCUGGUACUUGCCCGGCUGUUUUUCAUCUACUAUGACGACAAACGGCACAAUACCAAUGGCAACCCCAUUACCGACGAUAUGAAGAACCUGCCUAAAUACUACAAGAAUUACCAACCCAUUACCGAUUGGAAACUGCAAAAGGGUCAAAAGACGAUUCUGGCGGCGCUUAUCUUGUGCCUCAAUUUGGGCGUCGACCCUCCCGACAUCGUCAAGACCUAUCCGUGUGCCAAAACCGAGGCUUGGGUCGACCCUCUGGGAUACUCCGAGACCAAGAAGGCGUUGGAACAGAUAGGUAAAAACCUCCAGACUCAGUACGAGAAUAUCUCGUUGCGGACAAAGUACAAGCAGCUGUUGGACCCAUGCGUUGAAGACGUAAAGCGCUUUUGCAAUAUUCUCCGGCGGAAUGCUAAGGACGAGCGAAUAUUGUUUCAUUACAAUGGUCACGGGGUACCUCAGCCCACGCUGCUGGGUGAAAUCUGGGUGUUUAAUCGGGGCUACACUCAAUACAUCCCCAUCUCGCUCUACGAUUUGCAAACUUGGCUCGGGGCCCCGGUAAUUUUUGUUUACGAUUGCAAUCUGGCCGGGAACAUUGUCCACAACUUCAAAAAGUUCGUUCAGAAGCGUAUUGACGACGACAAUGACGGAAACCAUGAUCAAGCGGCCCCGCUGCCGACACUGGCCUACCUCGAUUGCAUACAAUUGGCCGCGUGUAAGUCAAAUGAACUUCUUCCGAUGAACCCUGAACUUCCUGCAGAUCUUUUCACUUGUUGCUUAACCUCACCAAUUGACAUCUCUACUAAAUGGUUCAUCAUGCAACUGCCACUCAAAAAGCAUUAUUAUGACAAAUUGCCGAAAAACCUGGCAGGCAACGUUAUCAUCCCCGGCAAACUUACCGACCGUCGGACGCCGUUAGGUGAGUUAAUAUGGAUUUUCACGGCAAUUACUGACACAAUUGCGUGGCUGCUGUUGUCACGUCCCAUCUUCAAGCGCCUUUUCCGUCAGGAAUUAAUGGUGGCGGCGUUGUUCCGUAACUUUUUGCUUGCCAAGCGAAUUAUGCCUCACAUGAACUGCAACCCCAUCUCUGAUCCACCUUUGCCGGAAAUCGUUGCUCACCACCCCAUGUGGGAGCUGUGGGACUUGGCUAUUGAUCAAGUGUUAUCACAAUUGUUACACGAACAGGAAAACAAGUCACCUGAGCCCAAAACGGCACCCGCGCCCGUACCGCCCCCGACAAUCAUGCCACCUGAAAAUGGGACGGAAGCUCGGCGUUCUCUGAAGCUGGGAUCAGUUUCGGGUCCGUCACAAACUUUACAAAAAGCGUCGGCUCCAUCGCAAGCUCAGAUCCUGAAUAACUACCAGCAUCUGUCAUUCUUUGAACAACAACUUACUGCAUUCGAGAUGUGGCUUAAUUACACUGGUCCUCUGCUGAAGGAACCACCUGAGCAGUUACCCAUUGUCUUACAAGUGUUGUUAUCGCCGGUACAUCGUUUGAGAGCUCUCAUUCUUUUAUCAAAGUUUUUGGACUUAGGGCCUUGGGCGGUAUAUUUGUCGCUUCUGAUUUGCAUUUUCCCAUACAUUCUCAAGCUUUUGCAAUCACCCUCGCAGGAUCUCAAACCUGUACUCAUUUUUAUUUGGGCUAGAAUUAUGGCAAUCGACUAUAAGAGUACGCAAGCUGAGCUUUGCAAAGACAAGGGGUUCAACUAUUUCUAUGUCAUUUUGAACAAUCCUCAGGCAACUCCUGGUGCAGCCACUGCGAAUGGAGCUCCCCUGUCUACCCCAUUGGUUGAAGACCACAAAGCUAUGAGUGCUUUCAUCUUGACGUUGUUCAUCAAAGACUUCCGCAACGGCCAGCGCCAGGUAUUUUCAUCAGAGAUAAUUGGAAACUGUUUGAGUUACAUUGCUCAUCUGGAGAACCCGUUAUUGCGUCAAUGGUGUGCUUUAUUGUUAUCUCAACUUUGGGCGAAUAACGUCGAAGCGAAACGGAUCGUGUUCCGGGAAAAUGUCAUUGGUGACUUAUUACCUUUAGUCAAUGACCCUAUCCCCGAAGUUCGGGUUCUGAUCAUUAUUGCUUUCACGACGUUUUUGACAGAUAUCAAUGAGCCUUCGUCCCGUGAAGAACUCAAGCAUCAAGAUCAUCGCCUUGCUGCUGCCACUGUUGGGCUCGCCAAUGACGGGUCGCUGAUGGUGCGGAAAGAGCUUUUGUUCUUUAUGCACAAGUUCAUUAUGAUCUAUGAGAAAUUCUUCAUGGUGGUGGCUUUCAACCAGCUUGAGGAAGAGAUUGUGCUCAUUGAGAACCCUGACAAUCUUAAUGAAGCUCGGAAGAAGUCGCCUGCCUAUGGGCUGAUUUUCUCAAGUGUGUGGAAGGCUCUCCUUAUCUUGCUGACGGAUCCUCAUUGUGAAGUAAAGCAACUUGCGGAAACUUUGAUCGAUAUCAUCAUGCUCAAGCUUGCCGAGUCAGAAUUAGGGCUGUUGGUGAAGGAAAUCCAAGAAUUUUUGGUGAAUAAUUCCUCGAUCAACAUCACCGAGGCAUUUAAGAAGCAGGCUGCUUCCCCGGUGGUGAAGUUACAACGACAGAAUUCGAGUGGUCUGAUGAAGGCACGGAAUGUACCAUUAAUCAAUGGCGCUCAUCCACAGCGGCGUGUAGCUCUGGCGCAACCACCAAAACUGUCGGCAUCACUGCAACUGGAUGCCCUGUCAAUCAUGAAGAAGAUUAGCCUUUCGAAUUUGUUUAAGCUGUUCCAUAUCAGUGAUGAUACCCACGAGUUGAAGCUUCCAAAGGUAUUCAAUCCCAGGCCGUCGCCGAUUAAUUAUCACCUGCAAUACCAACCGUUGACACCGUUCUUCACUAAACGGGAUUUCCUGAAACCGCCUCAAUUCCCCGAAGAACUGGGCUUCUUCCAAUACUCACUGGAAUACUUUCAGGAACCACAAAUGCUGAAAAAUGAGCUGGAAGAGGCUGGGCUGGUCGAAUACAAUCGCCUGUUGUGGCGUCGUAAUCGCAACGAGCAAAUUAUCCAAGAAACUCAACCGCAAAAGGAAUUGGCGAUAAGAGGCGACUGGAACCGAGAAGUGCGUGUCUUAGACAAUAAGAUGCCUCCGAAGAUUGUUAAAUUCACUCAAUUUGAGCGUAUAUUGGUGGCAAGUGAUGAACGGGACACGGUGCUGGUGUGGGAUUGGCAGUCAAACCAUUUGGUUCAACGUUUCAGCAACAUGAACCCGUUCGGCACCAAAAUUACUGACAUCAAAUUCAUCAAUGAGGAUGAUCAACCAUUGCUUAUGACAGGGUCGCUGGACGGCUUGGUCAAGAUCUACAAGCAUUACCAAAAUCCCGACCACGGGAUCGAGUUGAUUGCAGGGUGGAGAGCCCUCACCGACAUGUUGCUUUCGACUAAGCUGAUUGGGCUCAUCAGUGAGUGGCAACAAAGUCGUGGUUCCUUAUUGGUACUGGGUGACGUCAAAGUGAUCCGGAUAUGGGACGCCCAACGAGAAAUGUGUGUUGCUGAUAUUCCUGGGCGACUGACGCUGGCAAUCACCACCUUGACCAGUGAUCAAGUUGCUGGUAAUAUUAUUGUCGGCGGCUUUGAUGAUGGUACCGUGCGUGUCUAUGACCGGCGCAUGGAUGCCCGUGAUUCCAUGGUCCGCAAGUGGCUGGUGGCGCCACAGCCGCUGCCCCAGUUCUCCAUCCGCAAUAUCCACAUGCAACGGGGCGGGUUCCGCGAGCUUGUGCUGGGAUCAGUGAACGGAGAGGUCCAGUUGUGGGACAUCCGCCAGACGCUGUCGCCGGUGGUGACUUUCUACAACACUGAACCGCUCAUUCGACUGGUCGACGUUCACGAGCACGCCCCCAUCAUCACUACGGGGGCCAAGCUGGUGAACGUGUGGACGACACUGGGCGACUUGUUGAGCACAUUGAGCAAUCCCCGCGACUCCUAUCUCUCCAACAACACCAGUCGCUACGUUUCUUCGACGACCUUCCAUCCGCACCGCAUGGUGUUGGCCACCAACUACAACCAAGACAGCCACAUCAACGUCUACAAUUGCGUCGAUGUCAUGCUGGAGUAUUAA